AUGUAUGUGAGCUGGUGCAGCGGAACAGGAAGGACGAGGGCACCACAAGCCCACACCCCAAAGCCGUCCAAACCGAGCAAGGGGGACCAAGGACACAUGACCGACAGACCACGCACAGCACAGGCUCGGGCAAGCCGCGGGCCGCAGGACACACCACAGGCCCUAGCCGGUCUGCCAGGACGCCCAGUUCGGUCCACCCGACCCCCCCCAGAGGCGAUACCCCCAGAACCUCCAACAGAGGAGCCCCACCGGAGGCAGUGUCCACAGCGCCACCCCCAAACCACCAAAUACCACAGACCAGCCACACGCCCAAAGGCAGACCGAACCGCCACCAGAACAGCAGGAACCACGCCCACGCGGUAUACACACAACCACCACCACAGCGACCACAAUAGAACCGGGCCCCACGUAGAGCGGAGCACGGCCACACCCACGAGGCACGCAAGCCAGAAGCACCAAGGAGGGACAGAGAAGCAAGCACCACACGACAGGACCCAUGAGAGGAGCGAUCCCCCGCCGGACUCCGAAGCACAAGCCCCCGCCCGCCCUGCCCCCUGCCACGCCGCAAACCAGCCAUCACUGCACCCCCCGCCCAUCCACCAACACACCAAGGCAGAUACCCCGGAGGCAGCCAAACAACCGCUAGCCAGGAAACGGAGACUAGCCAGACACCAACAAGUACUGGGGACCGCCCGCCAGACCCCCGCCAGACCCACCCCCUAA